ACUCACAUUUAUCACUCACAUCUCAUUUCAUUUCCAAAAACCACAAAUCCAUAGCCAUGGGUGUCUCCUUUAACUUGAACAAAUUUGUCCCUAAUAACUCCAAGGAUAUCAUAUUCCAAGGAGAUGCAACCAUUACCGAUCAUAAUGUCAUUCGACUCACCAACUUGGACAGCGAUGGCAAUCCACUAGGAAAUAGAGUUGGCCGAAUUUUAUUCUCCAACACUAUGCACCUCUACGACCACAGUGGCUUCCGAGCAGGCUUUGAAACCACUUUCAUCUUUCGCAUCUCAAAACCCUACAAUAGCGAAUUUGCUCCCGGACCUGGUGACGGUCUUGCCUUCUUCAUUACUAAUGCCGGCACUGAAAUUCCACCUGAAUCUUCUGGAAAGUUUCUCGGCCUCUUUAAUGAUGCAUCUGACAAGAUUGUUGCUAUUGAAUUUGAUACCUUUUCCAAUUUCGAGAUUGGAGAUCCCAAUUAUCCCCAUAUCGGAGUUAACAUCAACUCUAUCAGGUCAUCAGCUAUUGGUUAUUGGAACUGGCAUGAUGGAGCCGUAACCACUGCAAAGAUAACAUAUAACUCUGCCCUUAAGAGGAUAACUGUCAGUGUUUCUACAUAUCUCGACAACCAACCCGACACUCUUACUUACGACAUCGACUUGAGCACUAUACUUCCUGAAAAGGUUGUGGUAGGGCUAUCUGCUUCUACUGGGCAAUUCUCGCAAAAUACCGAGAUUUUAUCUUGGACCUUCAAGUCCAACUGAAGAGGAACAAUGAUGAAUAUUGAAUAAGGCGAACCUCUUCCUAUCUUGUCGUCAGAUCGUAUUGUGUUUUUUAUUUUAAUUUGAGUCAAUAAGGACAAACCUACUAGUCUUCACUUCAUCUGAGUAAGUGAUAUGCCACUACGAAUAUGGCAAGGGUAGUCCACUGUUGUUAUUGGUCUCUUCAGUGUGCGUUUCAUCCAUGUUUCUUUGUUUGUGUUUAGUUUGUUGUCUUCAAUGAUAUAUGCUUGCUUUUCUUUGCGUUUGCUUUUA